AUGUUUAAAAAUUACAUCGUCGAGGACCUGGUCACGCUCGAAGUCGCGGAGUACCUCGACGACGCCCACCGGAAGCUCACCGAGAAGGUCAUCUCGGGCGUGGGCCUCGUUGUGCUCGUGCAGGAGUUUAGCGUCCAUUCGGAGCCCAAGAUUCUCCCCAACGACGCCAGCGCACUCUUCACCCUGCGGCUGAAGCUGCUGGUGUUCGCGCCGGAGGUCGGCGAGCUGCUGAGCGGCACCGUCGUGGGCUCCGACUCCGCGGGGAUAGAGGUGUCGCUCGGAUUCUUCAGCGACAUCAAGCUGAUAUCGCUCUUCAUGCCGCAAAACGCGGCGUUCGACCAGGAGGCCACUACGUGGUACGUCGUGGAAAACGACGCCAAACGCUACUGCAAAGAGAGCACCCCCGUCAGCUUCAAGGUCGUCGAGGUCACGUACAACGACACGAACGACCCUUCGAAGGACGACCAGUUGCCAGUCAUGCUUGUGAUCGGCAAGUUGGCGUGA